UUAUAAACUACUUGCAAUCUCACCUUCUUCUCAGUUCAAACUUCACAUUCACAAAAACACAGAGAGAGAAUAAACAUAUGGGAACAUUGGGAAGCAACAGAAAAACAAGAGGUGGAGGGGCAUCAGACCCAGUAGGGUUCAGAUUCCACCCCACUCCGGAGGAACUGGUCGAUCAUUACUUGAAGCUCAAGAAACAGGACAAGGAUUUCAAAUGUGAUCACAUCGCUGAAUUCGAUGUCUGCAACUUCGACCCUUGGGAUUUGGCUGCUCGCAUUCCAUCCGACGAUAUGGUGUGGUACUUCUUCAGCCCAAAGGAUUACAAGUACAUCAACAGCACCCGGUCCAACCGAACUACACCAGGAGGCCACUGGAAAAUCACAGGCAAGGAGCGUGCGAUCAAGGAUCGGCAUUCCAAAGCUGUCAUUGGGAAGAAGAGGACCUUGACAUUCUACCGACGUUGUCAGCCUAAACCCAUAAAAACCGACUGGGUCAUGCACGAGUUCUAUCUCAUUGAUAGUGAAGCCAUCUCUAAUCCUAAGCUGCAUCAGAAGGAUUUUGUUCUGUGUUGCAUGAAGAAAAAUUUCGAUAUGGAGGAUACCUCAAUCGGUGAAGUUGAACUUGGCAGCUACAGUGUGUCUAAUGCUGAAGAUCAUGCUGCAGCUGUUGUGACUCCAGAGUCACAGGAUUACAGUUCCUCUACAUACCUAUCAUCAGGAUACAUAGAGUUGGGAGAUAUUCCACAAGGCAAUGCCAACAUUGAUGAUUGCAAUGCAAUGCAAUCACCAUUUGGAUAUAAUAAUUAUUCUUAUCCCGAUAAGAAUGAUAUUUCAACCUGUGAUGAAGGUGAACCUCCUAGCUUCACCAUGUUUGAUUUCGAAAAUGAAGUUCCAGAUCAUAUGUCUCAAGAGGUAUGUCCUCCACGAGAAGAAAAUCUGGAAUUGUUCUUUUAUCCACCUCAGCCGGAGGACUACACACUGGAGCCACUAAUGAACAUGACAGUGGGAGAUGUUUUGCAUGACAAUAACUAUAUUGCAUACAAUGAGUUUUGGCCCCCAAUUUGAAGCUACACCAAGUUCUUAAAUAAAAUUAUAGUUAACUAUGACUAUUAGUCCUAUGAAGAAACAACGUACACUCAUUUUGAAUGACUAAAAGCUACCCUAGUGCAGUAAGCAUUGAUACGAACACUGCCAUGUAUUUGUAAAAGACGAUUCUGCAUUAGCGAAAGGAGAAUAGCAAAAGAGACAUUGUGAUUUAGGCAUGAAAGAGGUAGCUGGCUGCAAUUGAGACAUUCUUUCAAUUUCCCGAAAAUAAUCUCCUCAAGCCAUUAAUCAAGUCCUCCAUAGAAUAUUGAUUCGACCAAGCGCUGUAGUUCUCGCCUUAUUGGCAACGCUAUUGUUUGUUCUGCAGUUGUUGCAUAGCUGUUGGAGUCUUAUCAGUCUACAUAUUAUCGAUGCUUAAGAUGUGAUUGGAAUAAUUAUCAAAAUAUAUGGUUGUAGUUUAAGUCUUAAACCUUUUUAUAAGUAUAUCCUUGUGUAUUGUUUUUAAGAACCUCUUAAGAUUGAAUGGAAUUUUGCAUUUGCUUUUC